UAAGUUUUCGAAAAGAAUCAAUUGCGGCGCACGGCACGGUGCUGGAGUACGGGUGUAUCAGUAAACCGGAAGUCGUCGGUUAAUACGUUUCUCCACAUCACAUCAUUCGCGAGUCGCGAGUCGUGUCGUGUGUGUGUGGUUUUAUGAAUAUACACGAUGGUCAUCCAACAAGAGGUGGUUUCGAGAGCCGAAGAGAUCGCCGAUCAGGUGAUACGAAAUGGAAAACACGUGUUACCCACACUUGCCCGGUUGUGUCUUAUCGCAACAUUUCUGGAAGAUGGCUUACGAAUGUGGUUUCAAUGGACUGAGCAAAGAGAAUACAUGGAUAUGUCUUGGAAUUGCGGAAAAUUCUUGGCUACUCUAUUUGUCCUGAUUAAUUUGAUCGGGCAGCUGGGAGGCUGUGUUAUGGUCAUUGCCAGAUGGCGGGUCAGCAUAGCUUGUGGAGCAUUAUUCUUCAUCGUCGUUCUUCAAACUUUUGCCUACAGCAUUCUCUGGGAUCUACAAUUCUUAUUCAGGAAUUUAGCUCUUAUCGGAGCACUGUUAUUGGUCCUAGCCGAAUCAAGAGUCGAGGGAAGAUCCCUCUUCGCAGGUGUUCCGACUCUGGGCGAGAAUAAACCCAAGAAUUUGUUACAAUUAGCUGGAAGAGUGUUGCUGGCUUUUAUGUUCAUUACGCUCAUACGAUUCGAAGUUUCAUUCCUCCAAAUACUUCAAGACAUUCUUGGGAGUAUUCUUAUGGUUUUAGUCACUAUUGGAUACAAGACUAAACUUAGUGCAUUACUCCUCGUAUUACUUCUCUCUGCUCUCAACUUGUAUCACAACGCAUGGUGGACCAUUCCAGAUUAUAAACCAUUGAGGGACUUUCUCAAAUAUGACUUCUUCCAGACUUUAUCGGUGAUAGGAGGCCUCUUGAUGAUCGUAUCUUUGGGGCCUGGCGGCGUUUCAAUGGACGAGCAUAAGAAAAAAUGGUAGAUGACCUACCGAUUAUCAUUAUUGUCACCACCAAAUCAUCACCAACAUAAAGUUAAAUUUCUCAAUCCCGUAUAAGUUACUCUGGCUCAAACCAUUUUAACUUCAGAACUGGGAACCUUGAGCGUCGAGCACAGUGCUGUGCACAAGUAAAUGAAUUUUAGACUAACGAGACAAUGUUUAAACAACGCUGAACACCUCUAAUGUACAUCAAAAUGAUACCUAUUAGACAAAGUGGAGUGACCGAAAUGCCUUGGAAGCAGCAGUUUUACUAUUUGCAGAUACGUGAAAGUAUAAUAGAACUAAUUUAUACUAUUGCUAUAAUAUUGUAUAUAUGGCAGUACAUUUAUUAUGAAAAAUAUAUUUUUUGGUGUGUUUUUAAUCUCUGUAUAUUUGGUCUGAAUAUGUACGUAACACUCAAAAUAUUUUCAUUAAUUCAUAACAACUUGGCUAGACAUAGAUGCACAACCAUAGUGACUCCGACUUCCCAGAAAUACAAUAAAUCAGAAUUGAAAAAGCAA